AUGAAGGAGAAGUAUAUGCAGACCAUGUCUUCAAGCCCCCGAUGCUUUGCGAGUUCAAAGCAAGCUAAAUUAGCUGAAGGGACUGACAGAAUUAGCAGUUUACCAGAUGAAAUUCUUGGGCACAUACUUUCUUUUCUUCCAACAAAGCAUGCAGUCGGAACUAGUGUUUUAUCACACAGGUGGCAGUAUCUUUUUACUCUGAUUUUAACGAGACACUCAUGUUUUCUUCUAGAGGUUCAGUGGCUAGCUAUCAUGAUCUGUCAUAGUCGAAAUUACAUAGUCUGCAUGAAAAAUAUUCAAAGGGAUAUACCAGAUUCAAAGUUUGCAUUACUCAAAGGUGUUUCAGAGCUUGAUAUCUUCACAUAUCGGUUUAAUUCAAGUGUUACACAACAACUUUUCAUGUGUGCAACAUUGGUGGUGCUGAAGUUACAUGCAAAAUCCGAAAUGAAAUUACCUGAUGAAUCUUACUUUUUGCCAAAUCUGAAGUUCCUGCAACUUGAGUUUGCCAAAUUUCCAGUGAACUUCCCUUUGACCAGGCUGAUAUCUGGCUGUCCAAUGCUGGAGGAUUUGGUCCUUGAAGGCGGAUGGGAAGAUUUUAAUGUUAUUAACAUUUCUUCUCCUACUCUGAUAAAUUUGACCUUGGAUUUUAUAUCCUUUGGGUAUCAGUAUGACCGGCCUACGACUGAUGUUUUGCUUGAUCUUCCCAAUCUGCUUCAUUUCAAUUAUGAGGAUCACUUGGCAAUCAUUACUGCAUGA